AAAAUUUUCAAAUUUUACACGCUAUUAGGCACUCGCCCCACCCUCCAAAUCUGGAAAUGAUAGAUACCCCGCCAGCGCAACACAACCACCUCCCCUCCUCUUCAAUUAACUUACGCUACCAAAUUACUGUGUUUCAAAAUUCACCCUCUUUUCAUUCUCUCGACCUCCCUCUCCGAACAAAUAAGUAAAUCCCUAAUUCAACAAAACCCUAACCCUAACCUAGGUCGCUGCAGCAUUUCCAACACCAAACAAUGGCCAGCGAUUCCGAUGCCUCUCGUCGCAAGCACCGACGAUCUUCCUCCGAUGACGAGGCGGGGAAGUCCUCGAAACGCCACAAACAUCGCCACCAUCACCACCGACAUCGCCACUGCCGUAGCAAGAAGCACGGAGAGGAUACAAAACAAGGCGGUGAAGACAUCGUUCCUGCUACUCUUCCUCCUCCGGUUCCUGUUGCGAAUAGUAAUGGAGCUGAUAAUGAUGACGUGGAGGAAGGGGAGAUCCUUGAGGAGGAAGGUUCUGGUGGCGUCGAUGUCGAGGCCAAUGAAUUGCAUGAAGAAGUACCAGAUUCUCAAAAUCUGGGAUUUGACAAGAGUGACAUUGGUUUUGUGAAUAAUCAUCCAGUUGUUGAUCAGUUUGACAAUGAGGUCUGCCUUCGAAGAGAUUCUAGGGCUGAGCUUCGAGAUGAGCUAGUUUCUAAAAUUGACUCAGAGGAUCUUGCCAAUGGUAAUUUAGGUCGUGAAUACCAUAAAGAUGAUAAGAAGAGGCACUUGGAAUCUAGGUCCCCUUCAAAGGGAAGUAACAAGCCAAAAAGUAACCUGGAUAUUACAACUGAGGGUGAUGAUAGCAAAUUAAGGGAUUGGAGAAAGUCAUCAUCUUCUGAAAGCAGUGAGAAUAGGCAUAAGAGGGCACAAUCACCUUCGCGUGAAAGGUACCAUUAUGAGAUUCAUUCUAGGAGUAGAUCAAUGUCACGAGAUCUAGUUAGGGAAAGAUCGCGUUCUCGUAGCCUUAUUGAAUACAAUGAUCUUUUGACAAGAAAAAGACACCAUGACAGGGUUGAUUAUGACUCUGAUGGUGAAAGAAUGUCUCGAAACAGCAGGGAUCUUCGACAUGGCAGUAGAGAUUCAGUGAGAAAUGUGGAUAGGGAAAGCAGUGUUAGUUACAACAAGUCUUUUGAUGGAGAGGAUCGGUAUCACAACAAGAAUUCACAGGAUAGAGAGAGGAGCAAGGAGAGGGAACAACGAAGAGAGAAGGAACAAGAGAGAUGCAGGGAGAGGGAGGUGGAUCGGGUUAGGAGAAGGGGGAUGGAACAUGAGAGGAGCAGGGAAAGCUUCCAGAGAAGGGAGAUGGAACAUGAGAGGAGUAGGAAAAGCGACCAUAGAAGGGAGAAGGAUCAAUAUGUUGAGGUAGACUGGGAAAGGAGGAGGGAGAAAGAACUGGGGAGGAGUAGGGACAGGGUGGAGGAGAUAGAUAGAAAAAGACAGCAGGAAACAGAUUUGAGCAAACACAAAAAUAUGCAUGGGGCUAGUGACAGAGAUAGAGACAGGGAGAGAGAAAGGGAGAAGGAUAGGGAUAGGUACAGGGAAAGGGAUAGAGUUAGGGACCAUGAUCGUGGGAAUGAACAGGAAAGGGAGAGGCGAAAUGACAGGGAUAGGGAGAAAUCUAGGGAUAAGAGUGAUUCAGAAAAACUUUAUAAUAUCAACAGCAAUUCUUUUGGACAGGGAAGAGACAAUCUAAAGAGAGAUGAAGAUGAACAAGAUGAUUUUGAAAAAAGGAUGGCAUUAAAAUUAGCUGAACAGGAAGAGGAAGAUCUCAAUAGAAUAAAGGAGGAGAGUAGAAAGCGAAGGGAAGCCAUUCUUGAAAAAUAUAGAAAUCAGCAUUUACAGCAGCAGAAUGAGUCUCGAUCAGAAGAUGCAGACAAAGAUAAGGAGCCUUUAGAAGGUCCUGGUAACUCAGCAGCAACCGGCAAUGUUGCUCCAGAAACUCUCGAUGGUAGGACAGAUGGUGCUGGCGUUUAUGUUGCCGAGACAUUAUUUUCUGUUGGGAAAUCACCUUCACAAAAUGGAAUACAUGUUACUUCUGAGAGGACUUCAGGUGCUGCAGGGCUUGGAGAAGGUUCUCCGAAGAGUGAGAGAUCAGAUGAAAAAUAUUGUGAUGAUAUUUUUGGAGAGACGCCUGUUGGAGUUCGUAAAUCAGGUAAAGGAGAAGGUUUGCCAAUUGUGAGGAGUGGUCUCCAUGACAAUUGGGAUGAUCCUGUAGGGUAUUAUAGCUACCGAUUUGGAGAAGUACUUGAUGGUCGAUAUGAGAUUGUUGCUGCUCAUGGAAAAGGUGUCUUUUCUACAGUAGUUCGUGCGAAGGAUCUGAAGGCUGGCAUUGAUGAACCUGAAGAAGUGGCUAUAAAAAUUAUACGUAACAAUGAAACAAUGCGCAAGGCUGGGGAUACAGAGGUUUCAAUAUUGAAGAAAUUAGCAGGUCAAGAUCCAGAGAACAAGCGUCAUUGCGUUCGUUUUCUUUCAAGUUUCAAGUAUAGAAAUCAUCUUUGUUUAGUUUUUGAAUCUCUUCACAUGAACCUGCGUGAGGUCUUAAAAAAGUUUGGUCGAGAUAUUGGCCUUAAACUAACUGCUGUUAGAGCUUAUGCAAAGCAGCUUUUUAUUGCUCUGAAGCAUCUAAGAAACUGUGGUGUUCUUCACAGUGAUAUAAAGCCUGAUAAUAUGCUGGUAAAUGAGGCAAAAAAUGUGCUGAAGCUUUGUGAUUUUGGUAAUGCGAUGUUUUCUGGUAAAAAUGAAAUUACACCAUACCUUGUAAGCCGGUUUUAUCGUGCUCCUGAAAUAAUUCUUGGUUUGACGUAUGAUCAUCCAAUGGAUGUGUGGUCUGUUGGUUGCUGCUUGUAUGAGCUUUAUACUGGAAAAGUUCUAUUUCCUGGUUCUACAAACAAUGACAUGCUACGACUCCACAUGGAAUUGAAGGGCCCUUUCCCAAAGAAGAUGCUUAAGAAGGGUGCAUUUGUUGACCAACAUUUUGACCGUGAUUUGAAUUUUCAUGCUACAGAGGAAGAUCCUGUCACUAAAAAGAUUAUGAAAAAGAUUAUUGUGAACAUAAAGGCAAAAGAUAUUGGAUCUAUUAUUUCGGGUUCUCCUGGUGAGGAUCCAAAGAUGUUAGCAAACUUUAAAGAUCUUCUAGAAAAACUUUUUGUGUUGGAUCCUGAGAAGAGGAUGACAGUUAAUCAAGCACUAGCUCACCCAUUCAUCACGGUUUUUGGCAUGGUUGAAGUCAAAACUGGUGAUAUGUGGUCAGCAGUACUCUUUACAGGCGGGUUCAUUUCAGUGGUGUACUGGUUCUAUUUCUGCCCCUGCAUUGAGGCAUCCUUCCAGUGCUUAAAUGCUUAAAAGGCUCCCAGGAGAAGGUACCUUGGCUUGUUUAUUAGGAGCUUAUUUGAUAACCCCUUGAAAGUGCUAAAUAUGCUUUUUAGAUGGCAGUGCUGCUACAUCUGGCAUCCUUUUUUGUUUCACAAUAUGUAUUUGUGUUUGAGACAUGUUAGACUUCAUAGGGAGUCUUUGUUCAUAUUUUUUAUGUGGUUAAUAUUAAUAUAAGUUCUAACUUAGUGAAUGCAUCUGAUCCAUGGCCUGUCAUUCUGGAGGCACUUGUUCUGGAGAUGUGCCGCUGCAAACUUGAAGUGAAAGUAAUUUUUAGUAAGUAAUUCAUUUUUUAGAUUUGAUACUUUUCUCCUUAAAUACUAUCAGGGGAACAUGUUGUAUUCAAUUUGAAAUACUAAUGUAUCAACAUUGCUUCCUGUGCUUUUUAGGGCUCCUCUUAUCUCAUCCAUUUGCAGCUCUGGUAAGUAUCUGAAAACAAAUUGGUUGCCCGAGCUUAGUACAUUUUUAAAAAUUCUAAAUAUUUGAUAUUUAGGUUUCUUGAAUUUUGAUCUCUAAUGUUGGUAUAGUGUCUGUCACAGAUGCUUCAUAAGAUUCAUGCAUCGCCUCCUAUGUGGUAGUCGGUGUUUCUCUUAUGAAAGUCUUAUUAGUUACUUGAAUAUAGAACAUAGGAUGUGACGAAAUGCUAUUGUGAAGCAUAAGCUUCAGUCAAAACUGCACUUGAAGUAGGAAAUCUAGUUGAACUUGUUGACACUUUUAUUACAAGUCUGUCCUAACAAUGAUAAAAUUAUAGUUUAAUAUAGACCAAUUAACAUGUUUCUGAGUAGCUGGAUAACUUUCCUCUACGUUUUAACCAGUUAUCUGUGUUAAUUUCAUUUGUUUGAAAAUUGAAACCCUCUUGUGAUGGAUGUGAUCACCAAAACCCAUAGUCACUAUUAGGUGAAGUUUGACCCAAUUGGUUUUUUGAUCUCUAAAUGGCAAUAUAAUCCUUGCAAAAAAAAAAAAAAAACUGAUACAUGCAGUCAUCAACUUUCAUUUUGUGCCCUUUUUAGUCCCCAUCUAUCAUUGUCAUUUGAGAUGAUGUUUUAGACAUCUGUCAAGCUCAUGUGGCAUUAGACCCAAAUAUUUUUCUGUGAGCCUCAACCAUGACUGGUAACUAUGGAUUGGAAGAAGUUGAGCUGUUUGUCUUUCAUAGCCUACUCUGACAUCACAUGUCGACAUUUACAUUUAGCAAGAAAGCGUUUUGUGUUUGGACACGUUGUCAGGAAAGUAGGUUGUUUGGAGAAGUAUUGUACAAGCUACAGGCCUUCAAGUUUAUUGAUUUUUUAUUUUGUGCACAAAGGGAGAGGCUUGGCAAUAUGUAGUCCAAUGAUAUUGUCAAGUUCCAAGGUUUUCAUCUACCCUCAUGAUCUAUGACCUUAACAACAUGAGAUCUGUAUUCAGUUUCCCAAUUGAGUAUGGCUACAAGGAUUGUUCUAGGUCUAGGUUUGGGUGUAGAAUAGAUAAACAGGGGAUGGAGAGGGAAAGAGAAAGUAAUGAUAGUGAGAUUAAAAUGUAGAUUUGAAUAUUGAUGUCAACAUAAAUGAUGAUGUUGCUAUUUUUUCCAUGUGUUUUAA